AAAAAACUCUCACAGACGCAACUACCAUAAUCAAGAGACAUGACAACGGAGCAAGAGACUGAGUCAUACAACUAUAAUGGGUACUACGAAUCAGACGACAAUCCUGCACCACCAUGCAACUCUGGCAACACAAAGGCCUUCAGUGAGAUUUUCCUUCCAACCCUGUACAGCAUAGUCUUCAUCAUUGGCUUUAUUGGCAACGGCCUGGUAGUGUGGGUCCUGGUCAGAUACCGUCAAAAAUCCAACUUGACAGACGUGUGCCUCUUCAACCUAGCACUAUCUGACCUACUCUUUCUUGUAUCACUCCCCUUUUGGGCUCAUGUUGCCAUGGCUGAGUGGAUCUUUGGAAAAUUCAUGUGUCACACCAUAACAGGUCUGUACAUGCUGGGUCUCUAUGGCAGUAUAUUCUUCAUGGUCCUUAUGACAGUGGAUCGUUAUAUCAUCAUAGUCCACGCCCACAGUAUCAUUUCCAGAAAUCGGACCGUAAAAAUGGGUUUGAUUCUUGCCUCGUUGGUGUGGAUACUCAGCCUGUUAGCAGCUCUACCAAGUAUUAUUUUUGCCAGGGAGACCUAUGAGAAUAAUCGGACAUCAUGUGGAUAUGAUUUUCCAAAUAAUGCCUGGAAGUCAUUUACUUACCUUAUUCUAAACAUCCUGAGUUUUUUCCUCCCUCUAAUUAUUAUGGGCUUCUGCUAUUCAAGGAUCAUUCCAAUUCUGCUCAGUAUAAAAACACAAAAAAGGCACAAAGUCAUUAAACUCAUCCUGGUUGUGGUGGUUGUUUAUUUCCUUUUCUGGACACCAUAUAACAUUGCCAUGUUCCUAACCUUCCUUCAGUUGCAAAGCUACCUGAUGUCUUGUGAGUGGCAAAAUGGUUUGGCCCUGGCAAUGCAAUGGGUGGAAACUAUCGCCUUCAGCCACUGUUGCCUUAACCCCAUCAUCUAUGCCUUUGUUGGAGAGAAGUUCAGAAGAGCAGUCUUUAAGGCCUUAAAAGAGCGGUUUCCAGUGUGCUUCAGCCAUUGCGCAAAUAUAUCACGAGAGUUAUCCGAACGCAGAAGCUCAGUUUUCUCCAGAUCUUCGGAAUAUUCUACCACACGGAUUGCAUAGUGCUGGCUUGACUCAAAGUGAUACUGUUCACUCCUUCAAAGUAUAAAUAAUUUUUCAUUCUGAGCAGCUUUAUUUCUCCCAAUCCAAAAUUGCUAUUUUUACUGAAUGUAUAUUGAAUCUACAAAAAGAAUUGAAUUUAUAUUGCUUAGUUUUUGAGUGUUUUGAUUGCAUUAUUGACAUAUGUUAUGUUUUAGUUUGGUUCUCAUUAUAAUGCAGAAGUUGAAGUUAGUGCUGUUGCAGAGGUUAGAAAUGUUAUUCUAACAUUUCAGAUUUGCAAAUGUAUAUUUGUUAGCAAUUAAAAAAUAAUUUUGUUAGCAAUUAAAAAAAAAAAAAAGUUUCAAUUUAGUUUUUUUACCUCCAUUUUAAGAUUUUCUUGUAAAUCUUUUUAGUGUGUUGUUGUGUUUAGU